CGUAAAGGUACGUACGACGGAAGUCCGUUAGGAUUUUAUCCACAAGUACAGAGGGUAGACAUUUGGGUUCAGCCAUACUGGCGAGAUGUUGACCCGACUGUCGCGGUACGGGCCCGCUUUCCCCCGGUUACUCUCUAACACAUCGGUUCGGUAUGUCUCCCAGUCUAAACCGACCGGUGCUGCCGGUUCGGCCGCUGUGACAGAACUGCACCCCGCCGCAGAGGCCGGACACGGCGAGGUCAGCCAGUAUGUGAAGAAUCCAGACUACCAUGGCUUCUCCAGUGAUCCUGUGGUGGAUGACUGGAACAUGAAAGUGGGCUUCUUCUUUGGCAUCUCAGUGGCUCUUGUCAUCGGAGGAACGUUUAUCCACUAUUUACCAGACCACGGCAUGCGGCAGUGGGCCAGGAGGGAGGCUGAGCGUGUGAUCCAGCAGAAAGAGAAGGAGGGUCUUCCUCUCAUAGGAGAGAACUACUAUGACCCAAACAAGAUUGUUCUGCCCACAGCUGGAGAGGAGUAGGAUGUCCAGCAUCCACUUUAUGUAUUUCAGGAUCACUGUAUUUCUUUGUGACAGAAUAAAUGAUGUACUUGUUUAAUUGUGUAA